AUUUUUGAUUAAAUUUACUUAUUUUUAUUUUCAUCAGUAUUAUAUUUUUCAAUAUAUAUACACAGUUUGGUAUAAAAUGCAUAACAAUAAUAAUUCAAGUGACAUUACUACAGUAAAAAGAAAAAGAGGAAGACCAAGAAAAGAGAAGCCUGACGCUUGCUUCAGAUGUAGAUGUAGAACUACACCAGAGUGGAGAAAAGGCUGGGUAGAUAGGGAAGGUGUUUCACUACAUGUACCUCUUUGUAAUGCUUGUGGUCUCCAUAAUGCUAAGCAAAGAAAAAGUUACCAGCUUUCAAAAGAACUAAAUAGCAUUUACAGACUAUUAAAUUAGUACGAAGAUUGCUAUUGAUAAAUAAUUAAAAAAAAAAUAUUAUUAUUUUUCAUUUAUUUAAAUAAAUUUAAAAAAAAAUUUACAU